AUGAUCCGUUUUAUUCUUUUACAGAAUAGGGCAGGGCGCACGAGGCUAUCGAAAUACUACGUCCCCAUUGAGGAAGGGGAGCGCCGAAAGUUGGAGUAUGAAAUCCACCGGCUAGUGGUGAAUCGUGACCCUAAACAUACUAACUUCCUGGAGUUCCGUUCAUAUAAAGUCGUGUACCGGCGGUACGCGGGUCUGUUCUUCUCGAUGUGCAUUGAUCAGUCUGACAACGAGCUCACCUGCCUGGAGGCGAUUCACCUUUUCGUGGAGAUCCUAGACCAUUACUUCAGCAACGUUUGCGAGCUUGACCUGGUCUUCAACUUUCACAAGGUCUACCUUAUCCUGGAUGAGUUCAUCUCCGGGGGUGAGAUCCAGGAGACUGCCAAGAAGGUUAUCCUUGAACGCCUAGCGGAGCUUGACAAAAUUGACACAUAACCAGCGUUGACCAGCGUUGACCGCGUCUUUCGGCAGCAUUGAGGAUACGCUCUUACCUGAAAGGGGGGCAUGACGGCAGAGUUGUCUUUGACUAGUUUUGCACGUGGCGCUUGCCGGGCUGGUUGACGGAACUGCUAGCACAUGGUUUUAGGAAGCCCUGCGGGCAGCUGAUGAGCGUUUACCGAAGCCGCCAUGCACGUGGCGCUUCCGAGUACAUAAGCUUGUGCAAGCUUCUGGGUCGCGCGAUACCCACCAUUGUCUCCGUACAUAUGUCGACGGUAAAUGCUCUGACUGACCAAAUGUGUUUUAGUAGUUUAAAAAUGACGGCUCGCUGCCUUAAUUUGCGAGGGCAGAUUUUUUUCUCGGCGCAGGAGGGCUAAACUAUGCGUCCAAAGGAAGGUGUGGUUUCUGAACCGUGCUAUAUCAGCACGCCGCGAUGGCUUCUACUUGUGUAAACAGGU